UGAAAAUUUUAAUAGUAAAAAAGUUAAUAGUUUGUCGCCAUUUGCCCAGAGGAAAUUAUCCAAUAAGAGAGGACCACCUGUCCUUCAGAAUCGUCUUCAGAAGAAUGGAAACGUAUCAGAUACAGUGGUUGAAGAAAAGGCAGCGGGCAGCAAGAAAGAAGGGCCGGAGGGGGCCAUCAUCAGCUGGCGUGGGGCAGUGAUUGACACUGACCAGGCCACACAAGGCUCCAAGGAUGGGGAAAGUAAGGAGGUUUCACCUGCUGACCAAAAGGCCAAAACAUCAAAAGAGUCAGAAACUAGCAGGCCAGAGGCAGUGCGUGAAGCUUUCAGACAUGCAUGGAAGGGUUAUAAAGACUUUGCUUGGGGCCACGAUGAGCUCAGGCCACUGUCUAAGUCCUACAGCGAGUGGUUUGGCCUGGGUUUGACGCUUAUUGAUGCCCUGGAUACCAUGUGGAUCCUGCAGCUUAAAGAAGAGUUUGAAGAAGCAAAGGCGUGGGUGGCCACAGAGCUCACAUUCAACAAGAAUGUAGAUGUCAACCUGUUUGAAAGCACCAUCCGCAUCCUGGGAGGCCUGCUGAGUACCUAUCACCUGACCGGCGACAUCCUGUUCCUAGACAAAGCUAAAGACAUAGGCUCCAGGCUGAUGCCAGCCUUCAACACCCCGUCCAAGAUCCCCUACUCUGAUGUGAAUAUCGGGAAAGGCACGGCCCACCCCCCUCGCUGGACUUCGGACAGCACUGUGGCCGAGGUUACAAGCAUCCAGCUGGAGUUUAGAGAGCUCAGCCGCCUCACCCAGGAACCACAGUACCAGGCUGCUGUGGCUGAGGUUAUGGAACAGGUCCACAAGCUGGACGGCAAGCUGGACGGUCUAGUGCCAAUGUUCAUCAACACAAACAAUGGACAGUUCACGCAUCAAGGCAUCUACACAUUGGGAGCCAGAGCAGACAGCUACUAUGAAUACCUGCUGAAACAGUGGAUACAGGGAGGCAAGAAGGAGAACCAGCUCUUGGAGGACUAUCUGCAGGCAAUUGAGGGUGUAAAGAAGAACCUGUUGCAGAAGUCUUCACCUAAUGGCCUCACCUUUGUUGGAGAGCUCUCCCAUGGACAGUUCAGCCCUAAAAUGGACCAUCUAGUGUGUUUCCUGCCAGGCACUCUGGCACUUGGUGCCUACAACGGUCUGCCUACCGAUCACAUGGAUCUGGCCAAACAGAUGAUGGAGACCUGUUACCAGAUGUAUGUCAAGAUGGAGACGGGCCUCAGUCCAGAGAUCGUCCACUUCAACAUGCAUCAGGGCAGCACCCGAGACAUCGACGUGAAGCUUGCGGACAGACACAACCUCCUGCGACCAGAGACAGUUGAGAGUCUCUUCUACCUGUACAGGUUCACCAAGGAUCACAAGUACCAGGACUGGGGCUGGGAGAUUCUCCAAAACUUUAACAAGUACACCAAGGUUUCCUCUGGUGGUUACACCUCCAUCAAUAAUGUGCGAGACCCAGACUACCCAAGUCCCCGAGACAAGAUGGAGAGCUUCUUCCUGGGAGAAACCCUGAAAUAUCUGUACCUGCUAUUCUCAGAUGACCCCAACCUCAUUAGCCUCGACCAGUAUGUAUUCAACACUGAGGCUCACCCCCUGCCUAUAUGGCCUUCCACUGUGUGAGACACGCGCACACACACAAAUUCCAGUGGUAGAUAAAACUGUGUAUAAACAAGACAAAUAUCUCAGGGUUGGUUUAAUACCAAGAGAAUUCCUUCGUCUUCAGUUUCAGUAACUGAAUAUUGUUAUAAAACAACAACCUUGACGGAAAAAAAGCCUACUUUUCACUGACUGAAUCAACUGUUUGCUAUGAGCUAAUGACAGGAGCCUGGUUCAGUUCGUGGUUUGUUUAUUUAUUUGCCUGGUGGAUUUCAUUGCGUGGUUUCGUAGUGAGUUUAUACUGGAAGCAGAGGAAGGUUUCUGUCCUGACUGCCCAUCAGCAGUAAAGAAAAACCUGAUUGUGACUGAACUGAAGAUUUCUCAGUCUCAUGUUCCCGGGAUGAGGAGGAGUGUCGGGUUGGACUGAUAGGUGUUUGAAAGCUUAUACUGAUAUUUUCAGUUGAAGGUUUUGAGCUUUUAUUUUGUUUGCAGUUGUAUUCUUAUUAAAGUGUAAAUGCUUCUGAAACUGCAUCUAAACGUUUAUGAAACAAAGCCAAUAUCUGCCCCUGUGGUCUGACCCCAGAGCUGGGAAUGACAGCAGGCUGGCUGCCUUCGUAGCACAUCGUUCCCUGACAGCAGCCACCAGCUGUCUGAACUAAAACCAACCCCUGCCUGCUGCAUCUACAGCCUGACCGCUCCGCUGACAUGUCUGUACAUAGGUGUGACUUUUGCAGGGAUACGAGAAAAAGCUAAUUACUCAUCACACUGUGUGUAAUAUAGUCAACAAGGGCUCUGGCUCUGAAUCCUCAAAUGUCCUCUUUCUUAUGCUGUCCAUGUGUUUGCUGUCUGAUGCUGUGUUCAUGUCAUAUAGGAAAUAUGACUUUACAAUGAAAUAUCUCUGUUUAGCAGUGCUGGGAGCAGCAUUCAGAUCCUUUACUUAAGUAAAAGUACAGAAAUAUUUCUGCCAAAUAUAUUAAAAGUGAAAGUACUCAUGGCUCCAUAUGAAGGACCGAAUUAUUGUCUUCAACCUGGAAACCCAAAAGCUGUAUAUAAGGGGGCAAUUAUUAGCUUCAGUGUGCAGGGAAGACAUGGCAAAUGAAUUGGUGAAUUCUUGAGGCACAAUUUAAAUUUUCAUUUUCACCAGUUAUCUAAGAUGUCUUAGUAAAUACUUUAAUAAAUCCAUUAAUUACAAUGUAUGAACCCUUUUUUAAUAUCCCUAAUAAGACAUACUUUAGUGGUACCCAACAUUUUAAUAUUGCAUCCAGUGGAGCUGACCUACUUUCAAAUGCUGUGCAGUUUUUGUAACAACGCAUUAUAUUUUAUAAGUUUUAUAGUAUGUUUGUCUUGCAUGUAAAAUCUUAAUCUGAAAAGUAAGCAGUAACUCCAGAGGAGAGAGAAAUGUACAACAUUUUCCCCUGAAUUAAACUGUAGAGGUAGCCUGGCAUUAGACUGGAACCUCUCAGUUCAUUUAAAAUUUCCAAGGGGCGUUAUCGAUGGGCACAGACCAAAAUACCUCUGGAUGCAAUUCAAUAGACCUACAACCAAUCAGUAACAAAUGUGGUCAAAUUAUGGUAAACGGUACACUAAAAUGUUUCUGAAAACAUUUGAGGCAGGAAAAUAGGCAAUGCAGUAACAGAAUCUUUAUUCAUAUGCCAGUUUGUGUUGGAUACCGGUCCAGCCCUACAACCAAUCAGAGCAGAGAAACGUGACUUUUCUUUAAUCUUUUUCUAGCAUUGCUUUAAUUCAAAACUUGAAAAUGCAUAAUAAUAAAUCUUUAUUUAAUCAUGGUCUAUCAGGUAUUCGCCACAAACACAGCAAUCAUAUAGUACUAUUUUUGACAGUAAAAAAAGUGUAUUUUUAAACUAUUAUGUCAUGUUAUCUUGGUGAAUUCUCAUAACUACACAUAAAAAAUGAUACAGAACAUCCGUUAUGAAAAGAAUAUCGGCCAAUGUUUCAGAUUUUAAAACCCUCAAGUAUCAAAAUCGUUAUCAAUCUUAAAAAUCCCCCUUCGGUCGGGCCAUAGUUGCUAUUCAAUUAAACUCAGUUUAUUCCCACUGACAUGAACGCAGCAUCAGAUGAUCAUGGUUUGAUGAUUCCAGAUGUAGUUAUGAACUGUGAAGCUUUUGUUUUGAGGCCACCCCCAUGGGUUCAUGUGUCUGUGCUGAGCAGCUGCUCCUUAAUGUUUGCGUCUUUAUAAUUUUGCCAUUUUCCUGGUGUAGAGUACAUUUGCUUUCCUUUCAAGAAAUGAAUUCUUUUUAAAUAUAAAUCUAGCAUAAUAUAUUGAUUUGUAGUUUAUAAUUGCAGCUACCUGAAUACAGUGAGCUCUCUUGUGCAUUUGUUUUUUGUAGCCACAGCUUGCAGUCAUUCAUGUAAAUAUUACUAGUUUACGUAUAGCUCUACUUGUAGGUGUUUUUAAGAAUUUGUAUUGAGACCAAGCUCAUGCUGUACAUUCUUUGUAGUGUUUUCUUGUCUCACUUAUGCCUUUUUAAUGUUGCUUCAGACAACUGUCCGUUCGUUUCCAUUUCUAUCCAUUCCAGAGAUUUGUACAUGUGCAUACAUUUCCUACAGUAUAAGGUUACUCUGAUCACUGCUUUUACAGUAGAACAGUGAAAUAAGGAUUGAUAUUUUAGAGAAAUUAGGUUUACAUAAUGCUCAUCUCUACCAGAGUGUGCAUUUAAAUCCUGCCUACAAGGGCUCUGUGUGGUCCCUCCCUGGAUGUAUUUCAGCAGUAUUUUUGAGCCAAAGAUAUGUUGAAAAUCUAAUCGGCCCUGUGGUUUGCUUUGUAUGGGCUUUCACCAUGAAAAGCCAUUUCUCCAAAGCCGCCUCUUUCAGGAAAACACAGAGAUAUUUUUUGUGCUUUUGAUAACAAUUUCACUAGUGAGUUUUGAAGGCUAACACUACUAUAUUUAGACUUAAGUGACUGAUUCACUUAUAGUUUAGUCAAAGCCACCAAGCAGACUGCUUUUAAUAGGAGGCUGCACACAGAGACAUCAUUAUUUAGUCUUCAUGAUCAGUGCAUAAAACUUUGGUUUUCAUCAUAAAGUAAUUUACAGUGGCCACCAGAAUGUAAAGUGGCAAAAGUGUACUUUUGCCAGAAUAGAAAGACUCAAACGUCAUGUAGACCAUCAUAUCAAGUGCAAGAGAAAUACAGCAUUUAUAAACUUAACUCACAUAACUGAAAAGUUAAAAGCUCCAUCUUGGAGCAGCUGGUAUAGUUAGGGGAGGAUUACUCCUUCAUUUACAGGGCUCCAAAUGAAUUAUGGGUACUGAAUUAGAUUUAUUUAUUUUUUUUUCCCAGGGCUUAUGAAGUUUGUUACUGUGUGAACAAACACUGCCUAUUAUUUUGGGUUACUGUCGACUCUGUUACUGUCAUAGACAAACAUGUUAAAACUAGAGCCCAACCGAUAUGACGUAAUUGCAGAUAACUUGGUAUGUCUGUUUUUGCCAAUAAAUGACAAUUAUCAUAA